CGUCUUUGUUUGAAUAUUAUUUUGAUGAUAAUCGUCGUAUUACACUGUUUGUUCAACACAAUCUGAUAUUUAAACUAAACGUAAAAAUAUGUUUCUGUGAGUACAACUAGAUUAGCUCUGUGGGUAGACAGUUGUUUUAUUUGUGUUAAUGUUGAGUGAUAAUCAUGUCGAUUUUCUAUCAAGUUGCAGCAACAGGCGUUGUGAGCUACCUCUGUCUAUCAAUGGGCAUCAUGUAUACGUGGCCAUCUUCUACGCUCGUUCUCUUCUCUUCUGAGAACACGACACUGAACCGGCCGAUGACAGAGACAGAGUUAUCACUCCUCGGAAGCCUUUCAUCCAUCAGCGCGCUAGUCAGCACACCUUUCUCGAGUUACAUUCUUGACACGAUAGGCAGGAAAUAUUGCUGUCUUAUAUUUUCAUUACUUCAAGUUAUAUCAUGGUUGCUCGUAUCUUUCUUUUAUACCGUCGAAGUGGUCUUAACAUCGGUAAUACUAUCAGGAUUCUGUUGCUGUGCAACAUUGGCUGUUCCUAUCUACGUCAAUGAAAUCUGUCAGGACUCAAUACGAGGUAGCAUGUGUUCCGGUGCUAUGGUCUUCUAUGGAUUGGGAAUGCUGAUUUCUUACCUAAUGGGAGGUUACAUGAGUUACGAUGCUAUGAACUACGCUUGCUUGGCUAUAACUAUAUUAGGCGUUCUUCUACUUUUGCUGUUAAAGGAUUCUCCUACGUAUCUGAUGAGUAAAGGCCGUGAAAAGGAAGCAGCGCAAGCGAUUGCUUUCUACAGAGGAACGAAGGUGAAGUCUAAAGUUGUUGAGGAGGAACUAAAAGCGUUAAGGAUGUCUUUGAACCCAGUGUUGGAUGAUGAUGUCGUGACACCAGAAGAAGAGAAAUUAAACGCAGACCUCAAAGAAAGGCCUAAGGUGUCUAUGUGGAGUUUCCUAAAGAAGUCCCGGUCAACACGUCGUGCGUUGUUUAUGUUGAUAGUGCUGUAUACGACGUCUAUGUUCCAAGGUCUGACGGUAAUACAGGUGUACGCUGAACCUCUAUUCGCAGAGGCCAUACCGACCAUGUCACCAACGAUCUGCAGCGUCAUCUUCGCUGUUGUUAUGGUGGUGGCCGGAUUCAUUGCGGCAUAUCUGGUUGAAACUGCUGGAAGACGGUCACUGAUGCUGUACGCAACAUUCGGCUCAGGGAUCUGUUGCAUUGUACUAGGGACUCAGAUCCACUUGCACUGGGGCCCGCACUGGUUGACUGCGUGCUUCAUAUAUGUUUACGGCGUGGUGUACUCUUGCGGUGCUGGUACCGUGCCUUUCGUGAUGGGUGCUGAAAUAUUCUUACCUGAGAUACGAAGUUUUGCAUCAAUGAUAUCAAUUGAAUGGUCUAUCAUCUGCGGCUUCGUUGUCCUAUUUCUUUUCAAUCCAAUAGUAUCAGCGAUAGGAUUGGGUCCUAUCUUCUACUUCUUUGCUGCGGUCUGCUUUAUAUCAACAAUCUUCUGUUACUUCUAUCUACCAGAGACAAAGGGGUUGACUGUAGAUGCUAUACAGUUGUUAUUCGCUAAACCUAAACGACGUAAUAUAAUACCUUAGUUUAUUUAAUAAAUUAUUUUGU